UAAAUAAAUAACCAAAAACAAAGCCAAGCAACCUCGGUUCGCGCGCGCCAUCGUUUCCCUUUCUGAAAAUUUCGGCUGACCUCGGUCCGGACGGACACGCGCCAUGGCGGACGUCAGCAGCAGCAGCGGCGGCGGCGGAAGCGGCAGCGUCCGGUGGCAGGAUGAGGCGGACCCCGAACUGCGCCCUCUCGUGGUCAAACAGCUAGAGGAGACAAUGGCUGGAUUAUGCAGGGCUCUGGACAAGGGCAGAUCACCUCCGGAGGGGCUUGACCAAUACGUAGCUGAUUUCGAGGAGGCCACAUUCAAGAAAGCAACAGACAUGAUCGACUACAUGAAAAUGAUAUCUAUCAGGGUCAGUUUCGGCCAGAAAGAGGCAAAACUAAAGGCUAAGAGUGCUGCAGACCGUAAACUAAAGAUGCAAAUGGUGCACCAGAUGAUGCAGACGGCUAACAUGGUUCAAGCUAUUCAGGGAGUCAAUAGUUCCCCGAUCACCACAACCCCUCAGCCAGUGCCCAUGACGGCUAGUCCCUCAUGGCCACCACCAUUUCAAUCACCCGAUCAGCACACGGCUUGCUCUGUUGCGUCAAACAUGAACAGUAAUGUCAACCAAGGACCAUCUGAUAUGAUGGCAAUGCUUUAUCAGAAUUUCAACUCUGAGCCUGCAACAGAUGCUCCAGUGGCACCAGGCGUUCAGUCCAGUCAGCAGAUCAUGCAAUCAGUAGCUAUGCAGACUGAAAGCCAAUCCUCAGCCAUGCAACUGCAGCCUACCAACACUGCACAAUGCCACCCAGCAAGUACGGUACAGCUGCAAGGACAGCAAAUUGCACGACCAAGCGGGCACCAGAAUCACUUCCUUGGGCAAAAUGUCUGGGACUGUGUCCAGCACCUGCUGCCGACAGUACAGCAAGAGCAUUUCUGGAUCACUCAACAGCAGGUGGGCAUGCAUAUGCAAAGGUAUCAAAUGCUUGGAGCUAAUGUGGGGAAGAUGGACACUAGUUAUUCUGGUGGAUGGAACAAUCAUCAGAAUGCUGGGUGGGCUUCUGGGAUACUAUCACCAUCGAAGGUAUGCGGGCAGACCAACAUGGAUUCUCAUCCAAUAUCUCCUGCUCAGAGUCAGAUUUCUGUCAAUAAGCAAAGCAAUCUGCACUGUCCACUGCCGCCACAUGAAAGCAUCAGCCAAACGAGGCAAAACAUUGUCACAACACUAGCUGGCCAGCAAUCCCAUAGCAACCAAUCGCCAGGAGUAACAAGCCCUUGUUUCUCAUACAAAUCUCCUGGAGCAUUGCAGUCUUCGCUAACCAAUGAUUUUGUUGAGUUAUGCUGCACGCCAUCACCAAUUUCCAAGUUCUGGGUUGCUUCACCCAAUGAGUCACCAAAGUCAAGAUCACAAUCACCCAUUGCCAAGCAAGGUCUUGUAGCAGAUGGUUCACCCUGUGUGUCAGUGAAUUCUGCAUUGACAUCGGCCGAGAAGACAGGGUUUGAAGCUGCUGCUUCACCUUCUACAUUGGUGAAGCCUGUAUCACCUUCAGCCAUUAUCAAGUCAGGGAUUGUACCUGCUGCUUUGCCAUCUGACAGCGAUUCUUCAUUCUUGCUGCAUGACAACAAUGCAGCUGUAAAUGGCUGUAAACAGGCCACUACAACUAAAUUGUCGACGCUAGUCCCACCAGCUGACCAAGCUGAGGAUCAGGAGCAUGGUGGAGCUGAAACACCAGUGGCCAAGACGCCAGCCCCACCAGCUGACCAAGCUGGGGAUCAGGAGCAUGGUGGAGCUGAAACACCAGUGGCCAAGACGCCAGCCCCAUCAGCUGAUCAAGCAGAGGAUCAGGAGCAUAGUGGAGCUGAAACACCAGUGGCCAAGACGCCAGCCCCAUCAGCUGAUCAAGCAGAGGAUCAGGAGCAUAGUGGAGCUGAAACACCAGUGGCCAAGACGCCAGCCUCACCAGCUGAUCAAUCUAAGGAUCAGGAGCAUCGUGGAGCUGAAACACCAGUAGCCAAGAAGCCCAUAGACCGCCUAAUUGCUGCAGUGCUUUCUUCAUCACCAGCAGUGAUCCGCAGCUCAUUUAAUUUGAUGAAGUCGGCAGUCAUUGAUAUGGAUUCAGUACCAUUAUCGAUUGGAUCCAAUAACAAAAUGAAACGUGUGUAUGCUGUUACAUCGACUUCUGAAUCACCAACACUCAGCAGCACAGAUGACAGUGCUGUGACAUCUGAGUUCAAUGCAUCAGAUGCUGCAUCUAGCAGAUAUCACAGUGGUAAGAGGCAGAAACCACAGAAUGCCAAGGAUGCUCUGCUGGAUGAGAUCGAAGCUGUCAACAGCAGACUGAUUGAUACCCUGAUAAGCAUCACCAGCGAAGAUGGAGCAGAUGGGAUCACCUCGUGCAAUGGCACGACCCUGAUCAAACUGUCAUACACUGCAGUGUCCCUUGCGCCAGGCCUCAAAUCAAAAUUUGGGGUGUCAGGAAAUUUUCAGCCUCUCGUGUUGCCCACCACACUGUCAAUCCCUGCCGAUUAUCCACGAAGCUCUCCAGUGAUCGUCGAUGAUGAAGGAGAUGCUCGGAUCAGGAACAAGUUCAGCAGCAUCUCAAUGGCGGUGGACCGGGCAUUCAGACUCGCCCUCGACAAUCUCCAAGAACCUAGAUCGUUGAAGGAAAUAGCCAGGGUGUGGGACUCCUGUGUACGGCGUGCAGUCACCGAGUAUGUCCACCAGCUGGGUGGUGACACUAACUCAAGUCUCUGCCGGUGUCAGGGUUGGGUCAAGGCAUGAGAAUUGGAGAAUGCAUAUGCAACAACAUUUUCUGAUCUGAUCUGUGUGUAGAAAGUAUGUGGAUUAAUAGGCCAGUGACUGGUGAGGAUAAAAGGAAAGAAACUGUGAAUACCAUGAUGUACGUAGCAGUAGUGAUAUUGCAUUGUCAGUCUGCUAGCUACUUCUACGAUGCCUAGUAGUAUACGGUAAAGUUCAUAUAUGUAAUGUUGUUUAGAGUAAAAUACGCUGGCAGCACUUGAAAUUAAGUGUGUGUCAUCUAGAUCGCUGAAUUGGCCCAUCUGUAUCAUGGGUCCAGACAGGUCUUGGUCAGACCCGCUUGUUGGCAUGAAUGAUGGCUCACGUUGUC